UUCCGAACCUUGAAAGCCACGUUUGCCCCUCCUCACUAGAUUAAGGAAUGAUAUAUCGAAUAAGCCCCUCCAGUCCAAGCGAAAUCACCCUUAGCCCUAGCAAUCGUAUCCCUAGCUAGUCACAUAAACAACCUUAAAACUUUGGGGCUCUCAGGCGAAUCAUUCAGUCUUGGUUCAAUGUUUCCUAAUUCAUAUCAUCAUGAUCAAAGCAAAGAUUUGGUAUUCCAGACUUCCUUUAUUGAUGAUUCCCACCAUAAUGAUAUGAUGCAAGUAGAAGAUCUAAUGCGGGGUCAUGAGGUUUUUCCAGAGGAGAAGAAUCCAUCCCGUAAUAAGAUAAUGGGAAAAGGCAAGCAGCAGCAACAACAUAUGAUAUUAUCACCUAAUUCCAGUAAUACUGGAGAAAAUAAUAGUGAUGGUAAGACUGAAAGGAAGAUCGUGCGUAGGGACAACGAACGCCAAAGAAGACAGCUUAUGGCAGUUCUUAAUUCAUCACUUCGAUCCCUCCUCCCCUGUGAAUUGAUCAAGGGAAAACGUUCAAUCACCGAGCACAUGAAUGAGGCCGUCAAUUAUAUAAAUCACACGAAGGCGAAGAUUGAAGAACUGAAUGCCAAGAAGGAAAAGAUUAAAAAGUUGUAUGAAUGUGAUUCUAAAGAUUUUGGUCUCGAAAAUGAAAGUUCGGGUCACGAUUUUCUUAAGUACUCUAUCAUGGUUCACCCAACCUGUUUGGGGGCAGUGGAGGUUGUGAUAAGUAGUAGCUGCGGCGAGCAGGAAGGGUUGCCUCUUUCGGGAGUGCUCAAAGUAUUGCUUGCGGAAGGCCUUAGUGUUGUUGAGUGUGCUUCCACCAGAGUAAAUGAAAGUUCGUUUCACAACAUUCAGUGUGAGGUUGGCAACGUUUUGGCAUGUCUGGAUUUGUCUGAGUUGCAACUGAAAUUAAGUAACUAUUGCAAUUCUGGGUGACCAAAUAUCUUCAAUUACCAGGGAAGUAUAUAUAUAAUUUUCCCUUCCCAAUGUUGAUUCCCCUUGAUUACAGUAAAACCCUGGAUGAUUUGGUUGUAUUUGUGAUUUGUGUAACCUGUUGCUGAAAUUUCUGUUGUUUCACUCUUAAUAUGUAUGCAAUUCUUAAUUUCUUUUAAGACAAACGAUUUCAAGGUCUA